UUCCGGCAUAUUCGACGAACUGUGUGUAAAGAAACGUGCUGUAAACUUGUGUAUAAUUAACAAAUUAUGGAGUUAAUGCAAGGCGCAUCACUGCUGUCCAGGCCGGCGGAGGAGUUCGGCAAUGACACGAUGGUGGAGGAAAUGUGGGCUGCCAAAGCUUUGGAGCAUGCUGAAGUAUAUUUUAAUCUCUUGACCAGUGUACCGCCUUCGCAGCUGCGUUUAACACCCUACGAUGAUCAAAUCUAUGACACCUUUCGCCAAGACUUUCCCGAUCUACAGGUAGCCAAGCUGAGCGACGACACACUUAAAUCAGCUACAGAGAAACUGAAAUGGCGUGUUUUUGCUGAGAAAUUCAAUAAAAUGGAUGACUACUCAUAUGGCACACUGAUGCGUUCUGAUGCCGGCAUGGAAUUCUCACCAGACAACUCAAUAUUUGUGUUUCGCGUGCAGUUUCUGGCCAUAGAAAUAGCACGCAAUCGUGAAGGUUGCAAUGAUGAGGUGCACAAGAGAUACAGAGCCGGCAAGAAAUUACCCACAGCAGCAGCAGCAGAGGCGACGGAAUGAUCAAGUGUACUGUCAG